GCCGGGAGUGCGGAUGGUGCUGGCUCUCGGGGUUCCAGCCAACUGGUUCUUGAUGUUGUGUCUGGGCCUUCAGUUGGGAGUUCGGAUGGUGCCAGCUCCUUGGUUGCUAGUCCUUCCAGUGUUAACCCCCUGCCUGUGAGUCCAGAUGGUGCCGGCUCGGCGGCAGCUAGCCAAUCAAUCCUGGCUGCUGUCACUAAGUCUGGAUGUUUCGCUGUCUGGUGAGAGUGCGGAUGGUGGCGGCUCUCAAAUGGAUACUCAUGAUAACCAGUUGGAUGAAUUGAACAGUCAGGUCCCCUCUGGGGGGCAAAUUGGUGCUGCUCCAAAUUCUCCUGGUUCUUUGUCUGGGGCU